AUGGAGUUCACGCCGUCGAUGAGCAGUUCCAGCCAUGUUUGGCUUGUUCCGACACCCGUAGUGACACAGGUGCCACCACAGACACAGGUUAACCCGACUAUUAAACCAAGCUGGAGGCUGUACGCCAAUGUCCUGGUAGCAGUACUGCAGCCAUUUCAGUUCGGAUGGUCAACCUCGCAAAUGAACAACUCGAUUUUCAAUAAUGAGGCGGAUUGCAAUGCAAGACCCAUCGCGCCAGGUACCUGCCUCAUGUUCCCAGGACACACCAAGACGGAGUGGACCAUUGCCGUCAGUUCCUGGAUCGUCGGGGGUAUGAUCGGAGCUCUUGUGACCGGGCGUGUUUCCAACAAGUUCGGUCGUAAACCUACCAUGAUGGCCAACUGCCUCUUCAUGAUAGCAGGUGGGGUAGUCCAGGCUGCUGCUUGUAACAUUACGAUAUUCACAGUUGGCCGCGUCUUCGCCGGUAUCGCGGCGGGCGGCUCAACGGCCGUCAUUCCGGGAUUCAUUGGAGAAAUCUGUCCGCCACACCUCCGCAGUAAACUGGGCGUGUGUUUCCAGAUCUCCAUCACACUCGGACACCUAUGCGUUGCGAUCACCUUCUUCUUUGCCAGUACGAGUGCCGGUUGGAGGUACAUUGCGGCGUUUCCUAUCGUACUGGCGUUCCUGUUCCUGGUGCUGGCACCAUUCGUACUGGUUGAAAGCCCGGCUUGGCUGCUGAUGGCAGGCAAGCCCCUGAUUGCAGAACAUGAGCUUGCAAGGCUGUUCGGCCAGGAGAAUGUGUUUCUAGCGAAGACUUGA